UCUUUCCUCUUCACUUUUCCCCCCAAAUUUCUUCCUUCCACCGCCGGAGACACCCGAAUUUUGGCCCAAUCGAAACUCCGGUCACCGCCAUCUCUUCUCCGGUCACCACCAUCUCUUCUCCGGUCACCACCUCAAAAACCGUUGCAUAAUGCCUAUCGAUAAAAGUUGGAUUGAUUCCCCACGUCAUUCACCUCACUACAAGCAAGGACUCGAGUCAUUUAUCGAGAUGUGUGAAAGAGUGAUAAAAAACCACGAUGAAGUUAGAUGUCCGUGUACCCAAUGUAAAAAUUCCGGCUUAAUAACUAUGGCAGAAAUGAAAUACCAUUUGCGUAUUAACAAAUUUUGGAAGGAAUACACUUCGUGGACCUAUCACAGGGACACGACUCCAAUUGCACAAGUAAACGAUGUUGCGCCACAAGACGGUAUGGUAAACGUUAUUGAAGACAUUAGGGGGGAGCGUAUGGAAGAAGAUACAUACCUUAACCAAGAGAACUCGAAUGGAGAUAGUAGCGGUGUUGUUGAUGAUUUUGAAGACCUGAUAAAGGAAGCUGAAACAGAAUUAUAUCCUGGUUGUACUAAGUUUUCUUCUAUCGUCUUUUUAGCAAAGCUUUUGAAUAUAAAGGAUACGUACCAUUUUCAAAAUGAAGGAGUAGAUCGACUCCUCUCGUUGUUGCGAGAGUCAAUGCCAGAAGGCAACAAGAUUCCCCCUUCGUAUUAUGUAGCUAAGAAGACAUUUAAGAAGAUUGGUUUGGCAUAUGAGAUGAUAGAUGUGUGCACAAAUGAUUGUGCUCUCAUUUGGAAAGAAAACGAGUCCUUGCAAAAUUGUCCCGUUUGUAAUGAGAGUCGAUGGGUCGAUAAAGACACAAAAGGCACGAAGGUGGCUCGUAAGGUGUUACGAUACUUUCCUUUGACGCCUAGACUACGACGUUUGUAUUGUUCAAGGCACACAGCGAAAGAUAUGAUAUGGCAUAGUACCGGACGAUCGGAAGAUGGGACUAUGCGUCAUCCAGUUGAUGGAUCUGCAUGGCAAGACUUUAAUAAAAAGUACCCAAACUUCGCGAUGGAGCCACGAAAUGUUCGCUUAGGGCUUGCAGCUGACGGUUUUAAUCCCUUUAACAACGGUAGUGGAUCCUCGACUCAUAGCAUGUGGCCGGUUAUACUCACCACAUAUAAUCUGCCUCCCUGGCUAUGCAUGCGAGAGUCCACAUUCAUGUUGACCUUGUUGAUUCCUGGCCCUAAAUCACCGGGGAAAGACAUGGACGUUUUCCUUAGACCGUUAGUGGAUGAGCUUAAGCAAUUGUGGCAGACAGGUGUACGUACUAAAGACACAGCAACAAACACAUACUUCACAAUGAAGGCGGCGUUGUUAUGGGCCAUAAAUGACUUUCCAGCCCGUAGUAGCCUAUCAGGUUGGAGCGGACAAGGCUACAUGGCAUGCCCAACUUGUAACCAAGACACUCCUUCAAUACGUGUAACUGGUAAAUGUGCUUAUGUUGGCCAUCGCCGGUUCUUAGAUGCCAACCAUCCUUGGAGAACAAGUCUCGACUUUAACGGGAGACCCGAGACACGAGACCCUCCGAGACAGUUUAGCCCAGCUGACAUAGAAGCUCAACUAGGUCGUUUAAUUAAUCGUCUACCAGGCAAGCAUCCAGAUUUUGGAGGUAGGAGGAUAACCCGGUCAGAUUUCGAGUUGAACUGGUCCAAAAGAAGCAUAUUUUUUGACCUUGAGUAUUGGUCUUCUCUGCAGCUGAAACAUAACUUAGAUGUAAUGCAUAUAGAGAAAAAUGUGUGCGACAGCUUGCUCGGUACUCUUCUGAUGAACGAUAAGAGCAAAGACACGCCAAAUGCGCGGUCUGACUUGGAAAAACUAAACAUUCGGCCGUCACAAUGGCUGAAACAAUCGGGUGAUGGGUUUGGAUCUAAUAUCAGUAAGAGGGUGACAGAUAACAAUGCUAACAUUACCGGGUUGAAAUCUCAUGACUGUCAUAUCCUCAUGCAACGUUUGAUACCGAUUGGGGUUAGAGGGCUUUUGACUAAAGAUACAUCUACACCAAUAGUAGACCUUUGUAUGUUCUUUAAGCAACUUUGCUCUAGAACACUAUCGGUGGAUGAUAUGAAGAAAGCAAAGGAUGACAUUGUUACCAUCUUAUGCAAGUUAGAGAUGAUCUAUCCACCUGCGUUUUUUGACAUUAUGGUUCAUUUACUUGUGCAUUUACCUGAUGAAGCGAUUGCGGGAGGUCCAGUAGCUUUUAGAUGGAUGUAUCCAUUUGAAAGGUACAUGAAAAAACUAAAAAACUAUGUUAAAAACCCGGCAAGGCCUGAAGGUUGUAUAGCUGAAUGUUAUGUGUUUGAAGAAGCUCUAACAUUUUGUUCAAUGUACCUUAAAGAUGUUCAGACUAAGUUCAAUCGCCCAGAUAGAAACGAUGAUGUCGUUGUUGAAAAAAGAAAGUUAUGGGUGUUUGAGUCAAAAUGUCGUUAUGUUGGCGCAAGAAAGGAGAAAUAUCUAUCAUUCAUCGAAAAAAGCAAGAUGGAAUGGUUUGUCCUCGAAAACUGCGCAGAAGUUAGGGAGUACAUGAAUGAAUUCAAACAUACACAUCCCCAUGAUGAUCUUAAAACCAAAUUUCCGGGAUGGUUUCUCCAUAAGGUCCAUUCGAUGAAAACACAAAAUUCUCCAGAAUUCCACCCGGAGUUGUAUGCUCUUUCAAUUUGUGCGAAAAUGACUGCUUACACUUACACUGCUUGCAUAGUCAAUGGUGUUAGGUUUAAGACACUUGAACGUGAUGCAAAAUGCGCAACGCAAAACUCUGGGGUGGAAGUGUUUGGAGAGAACGGUGUGAAAUUUUAUGGCCAAUUAGAAGAAAUUAUUGAGUUGCGUUAUACAAAUGAUUAUUCCACUGUCCUAUUUCGGUGCAAGUGGUUUGAUACUCAAAGGGGUGUAAACCAUGACAAUAAUAUCACCAGUAUAAGCACUGAACAUGAAUGGGACAAAGACGAUCAACUCAUAUUUGCUUCGCAAGCCAAACAAGUGUUCUUCAUCCAAGAAACGUCUCGAAACCAAAAAAAUAAACAUAGGUGGGUAGUCGAAAAUGUUAAUCAUCGAAGAAUUUGGGAUCGGCCAUUAAGUGAUGACCGCGUCAAUAAGGUUCAAAAUGUUGGCAAACGCUUAGAAGAUAGUGACGUUGUUGAAAACAACUCUUCAUCUGACUGUCCACUUGUCAUUGACUUGACCCAAUACUUUCAAAUUGGAUCUUCUCAUGUUACUGCGGGUGAGCCUUCAAUUGAAGUUGAUCCCCCAACGGCCACCGUCGAUGAAGUGUUUGAAGUCGAGACUGAUUCUGAUGAGGUCGAGGCUGCUUAUGAUGAGGAUGAUCCCGAUUAUGUGGAGUCUGACUAA